AUGGCACGACGAUCGCUUGCGAAUUCAGACGUCACGGCUUCGCGCAGCUCGUCGAAGCGUCCUCCUUCGCCGACAACCUCAGCCCGUCAGCAGCCAAAGCGCACUAAGCAAGCGAUUUCAUCGACUGCGGCCAUAGUCAGUGAAAGUAAAAGCAGAUAUCUCGAGGAGAACUCGGACGACGACCAAGAGUUGUCUGAAUCUACUUCUAAUGCCGAGUCUGCUGCCGAGCAAGAGGAAUCAGGCUAUGAAGACGACGACAGGGGCGCGGCGUCCUCUGAACUGUCGUCCGAGGCUGCAAGUGAGCCAGAUGUCUCAAGCGAGGAAAACGCAAAGCCAAGGAAGAGAGAACGGCCCAAAGCAGAUGUCAAAGCAGUGGGAAAGCAGAGCAAGAACGAAGAGUUGUGGAGGCAGGGGGUCAAAACGGGGCUGGGCCCCGGCAACCAGAUCAUCAUCAAAAAGCCUAAGGCUAGGGAAGCGGGCCGUCAGCCGUAUUCCAAGGAUUUUAUUCAUCCGAAUACGAUGUUGUUCCUCAAAGAGCUGGGUGCAAACAAUGAUCGCGAAUGGUUGAAAAUGAACGAUCCGAACUAUCGAGCCUCACAGCAUGACUUCAACUCCUUUGUCGAAAGCCUCACUCAGAAAGUGGUCAGCGUGGAUGAGACCAUUCCCGAGCUACCUAUCAAAGACAUUGUUUUUCGCAUAUACAGAGACGUAAGGUUUAGCAAGGAUCAGACUCCAUACAAGACAUACUUUUCGGCCGCAUGGUCUCGUACAGGUCGCAAAGGCCCUUAUGCGGCGUACUACGUGCAGGUACAGCCGCAAGGCAGCUUCGUCGGCGGUGGAUUGUGGAUGCCUGAAUCGAGGGCACUCGCUCUUCUGCGACGCGAUAUCGACCGAAAGCCACAAAAGAUCAAACGUGUCCUGACCGAUGCCGGACUGAGGAAGGAGUUCUUCGGUGGUGUUGUUGAUAACGAAAAGAAGGCGGUUCGGGCUUUCGUCAGUCAGAGUUCGGAGAACGCGCUGAAGAGGAAACCAAAGGACUACGAGGCGGAUCACAGAGACAUCGAACUCCUCCGCCUGAGAAACUUUACGAUCGGAAGGAAACUCAAAGAUGAGGAGGUGAUUGGACCUAACGGGUUGGAGCACCUGGCGAAACUCAUUGGAACCAUGGUCCCUUUUAUCUCAUAUCUGAACAGCGUGGUCAUGCCUGACAAUCCGGAAGAGUCGAGCGAUGAAGAGGACAGCAUGGAUGAGAACGACGAGGAAAACGACACCGGCAUGGAUGAUGCAAGCCAAGAGUGA